UAACAAAAGAUUCAUCAAUAAAUAAGUACAGUCAGCAAGAAAGUUACCAAUAUGUCCAAAAUCUAGAAUGUCUUUCUCGCUCAUUACAAUUCUAAACCUUUUUUGCGUCUGAAUCAAGAAAACUUCUCUAUUGCUUUUGGAGGACAUAUUUGUAGUUCCAUUAAAAGUGUUUGACAAAGGCGAGCCCCAUUUAAACGUCAUAAUGUCAUUUGUGAUUAUGCACUACAAAGUGUAUUAACCACACCUGCUUUGGUUGUCUUUAAGGCAGUGGUUUAGAGUAGCAUUUGUGCUUUAAGACAGCUGUACUUUGUCCUUCUCCAUUUCACUUUCUAACUUCAGUUACUUUAAAUAUUUGGAUAAAGUCCUCUAAAUAUACAGACAGAUAACAGAUAAUUAAACAUGUGUUUUUGUUUGGUAAGAUUACCUUUAUUAUUCCCUUGGUGUAAUGCACAAACUGCCCAGCACUUUGUGUAAAAGUCCUUAUUUAUCAGCUGAACAUUAAAGUGAUAAAAUCAUCAAUGCAUAAAUCCUAAAAAAAAAUGCAAUGGGCCAGCAAAAUGAGGACUCUUUUUGUAAUUAAAAUAGAUGUUGAUGCUAAUACUUUUGUACUCUUACUUGGUUUGACUUAUCACAGAGUAUGUAUAGAUCAUACUUAAAACGCACUACAAUUAUGUAUAAAUACUCUGUGAUAAAUCAAACCGCUUUAUUUGGGAAGUUUGGGAUUUUAAACAUAAUUGUACAUGUGGCAUAAAAACACUGUGUAUGUCUGCAUAUAAAUCAGUUGUUUAAUUUAGACAGUGUCAAAGUGUAUUGUCUCACUCAGACUGUUAUUGAUGGUCGUGUAAUUGUAAUCCUGUAAACAUAGCCAAUGAUGGAACAUAUUUUCCGCUUGUUAGUCUAAAGUUCAAAUGUUGGAAACUUGGCUGUAAAAAUGACUGAAAUUGGUUUCAAUAUGCUUUUAUAGUUCUGAGAAGGAAUUAUCUACUCUUGUUGUUGUUGCAAAUACAAUUUACUUGAGCUCAUCUAUGAAGUGUGUUAAUACUUCCAUGUUGACUAUCGUGCUAACUUUCAGCUAGAUUCUGACUCCUGUUGUAUAUUAUAAUUGUUUAAACGUGUCAAGUAAUUAUGGAACUUAUUUGUAUUCAUAGGGUAUACCUUUCCUUUAUGUUUGUCCUACUAUAUCAACAAAAUACAAAUUGGAACCUUGUUGAAACCUGCAGAAAGCUUGGAAAAUAAUUUUAAAAUGUACCACAAAUAAGCCAUCAAGCAACAAGCCAGUGCCAUAACAGAUUAAAGGCGCUCCUGCUUUACACCCUCCAUCCUUUGAUGAGACUGAAGUGGAGCAGACCCAGUUCUCGGUGCUAAUCAGCUGAAUAAGUGACAGAAUCAUGCUGAAAGCUGGAAAGGUAAAAAAGAAAAUAUGACAAAGCUCUUUCUCUUCGUCCUGUUUUCCGUUGAGAAGCUUCCUGCAAUCUCUGGCUCAGCACGGCCCCAUGACUCAGCGACUGAGCCCGCAGUGGAGGUCAGGGGCCCGGCCAAGCGUGGCCCGCUCACAGACCUACGGCCAUCCUCCACUAAAGCACUCUGCUGCUCCCACUUAUAGGCUUAUGCUAGCCCUGAAAACACCUGCUGCCUUUCAUGAGCAGAUUCGCAGCCUGGAAAGAGCUAGGACUGGGAGUUUCCUAAAGCACAAGCUGUGCAGGAGACCUGAGCGCUCCGAGCUGGUCCGUAUGCACAUCCUACAAGAGACGCAGGCUGAAGCCUCCCUGCAGGCCACACAGAUGAAGCUGAAGAGGGCAAGGCUGGAGGAUGAUCUCAACGAAAAGCUCGCCCAGCGGCCAGGAGCCAUGGAGCUGGUGGAGAAGAACAUCCUGCCUGUGGACUCCGGUGUGGAAGAAGACAGCGAUGGUGAGGUAACCAGCUCUAAGCCAACAGACAUUUACAACUUUGAUGAGGACAGCAGCGAUGCCUUAUCACCACCAAAGCCUGCCAGCCAAAAAUCUCCCAACUCCACGUUCACCUCCCCGAAGGAGUCUGGAGGGACUGAGGCCACUUCCCCUUCCUCCAACUUAAACUCUCCCAUACAGCUCUCCCCACCGCCUAACACACAGUGCACAUCAAACGCAGUCAGCCUUGUCUCCACGGGCGAGCGACAAAACCACCAACAAGUCUCUGCACCUCAGCCAAUCACCACUUCCUUCCCAAAUAUCACCCCGGGGCCACUUCUUGUAAAGCAAAGCUUAACCAAGCUACCCGGGGAUAAAAGCCGCAGCAAGAAGAGCAAAGAGCCCAAACCACGGGUGAAAAAGCUCAAGUACCAUCAGUACAUCCCCCCGGACCAGAAGCAGGAGCUCAGUGAAGUUCUGAUGGACUCGACUUACGCCCGUCUGUUGGAGCAGCAGCAGCAGUUCCUGCAGCUUCAGAUCUUAAACCAGCAGCAGCAGUACAGCUACCAGGCCGUGCUGCCCGCCACUCUCAAACCAACUACUGAGGUACAAAGCAGCUGCUGCAAUGUUGCUCUGAGAGGAAGCGCUGCAUCUCCCCCUGUGCACCCCCGACACACUCAGACCAACCGCAGGCCGGAUCACUUACCAACUAACCUGGACGAGAUGAAGGUCGCUGAGCUGAAAAUGGAACUAAAACUCAGAUCUCUGCCUGUUUCUGGGACCAAGACAGAUCUAAUAGAGAGGCUUAAGAUGUAUCAGGAGAACUGUAACACCCAGACUGCCACUGAGACCACAGCCUCGCAGUCUGAAAACAUAAAGUUAACCCCGCCUGUGUCCCCUAUAGCCUCCAAGGUGUCCAGUCUGGGCAUAGAGGACAGCCCGACCAGGCUCCCUGAUGCUCAGUCUGCAGCUCCCUGUGUGAACUCACCACACCGAGCUCUACAGGAGAGCCCCUCAGAGAAAAGGGCCUUUGUGAAGGACACUGAGAAGGACAAACGUCUCCACGAGAAGCAGCGCCAGAUCGAGGAGCUGAUGCGGAAGCUGGAGCAGGAGCAGAGAUUGGUGGAGAAGCUGAAGAUGCAGCUGGAGGUGGAGAAGAGGAGUCAGCAGGGAGAUUCUCCUCCUCAGCUCAGCCCUCUUGCUCCCUUCAGGGUCAAAGAGGAAAACUUGUCAAACUGCUCAGCGUCUUGUGGUUCUCCUGACCUUCCAGUGUUGGUCAAACAAGAGGAGGCGGCUUCUCAGAAUCAAUUCAUCAACCAGACAAUGCAGCAGCCCGAAAGCGUGCAGCGAGUUCAGGCCGGAGCUCAGAUCCUCCUGGCUUCAUCCCAUCCUCCCUCGGCAGUUAGUAUCCAGCUCCCUCCCAGCAGCAUUAAAUUACACACUACUGUUAGUAGCGCGGCCCCAGGCCUCAUCCAGACAUCUGGACAGGUGCCACAGAAAAUAGAGGCCUCAGCAGCGCCUCAACAGCGCUGCAGCACUCAGACUCAGCCGUCCACAAAGACGUGGAUGAUGGGUAGUGCAGCACAAAGCUUACUCGAUACAUUCCCAGCGAGUGGAUGUCCUGUGGGAGCCUCCUCGAGCCUAGCUGGUGCUAAAGAUGCUACUAAUAAGUCUCCCUGCACCAGCCAGCCAACGCUGAUCAUUCCAAACCAUGUGUCGAAGUGUAAAGACCCGCCCCGCUACGAGGAUGCCGUAAAACAGACACGCAGCAUGCUAACAGCUGUUCAGGGUCCCACAGCAGCCAGCCAGCAGAUGGAUGACUUGUUCGAUGUGUUAAUCGAGAGUGGUGAGAUCUCCCCCUUCAUCAGACAGGAUCCUCCCUGCCUGGGCAAGCCUCUCCCUGUGACAGCCAGUGUCACCACCCUUCCCAUCAACACAGCUUUAUCCCGCCCUCUCCCUGUGGUCCAGGUAGCCCAGCUUCCUGCAGCGCAGCUCAACCCCUCGGCUAGCUUGGCGGCCUUGACCUCCAAGCCCCUGCUGACUGCUCACACAGAGCCCCAAACACUGACACUGCUGGAGGAGCUGCACUCCCCCGUGGUCAGCAUGGAGGUGGACUCCCCCUCUGCUUUGCACUUGCACAGCACCAACAUGGACAAUAUGGAUUGGCUGGACCUCACCCUGUCCGUCCCAACAGGGGGGGUCAACCCUCUGGACAUGUCAGCGCCAGUGGGCGUCUUCUCCUCCGACUUCCUGGAUUCGCAUGAACUGCACUUAAACUGGGAGUGACAAAGGAGAUUUCACGCACCUAUCAGACAAUUUUUUUAUGCAAGGGAGGAUGUUUCCAGGUUGGAGAAAUAAGUGCUUUUGGAGGUCGGGGCAGCUCUGUUUCUGCUAUCUGCCCCAUAAUAAUCAGCUGAGUAAUAAUCGAAUAUGUGCUGCAUCAGUUAAGCGAUCCUGCAUUGAUCUCCUUUUGAGGCCCUUUGAUUGUAAUCGGAGACUGACCUUAAGUGGGACUGGUACUGGCAGAUUAAGAUGAAGGAAGGAGCUUUUCAAAUGUCAAUCUUAAAUAAUUCCACUUCUCUCAUGUUAUUACUUUCCCUUCGUCCUCUGGUCGUAAUGAAUGUACAGCUUUAAAUAGAAUUUUGUAAUAACUGAAAGAGCAGGAGAUAUGUCCUAAUGCUGGUAAAAGAACUAUAGCGCAAGCACUGCAUGUAGCUGGGGGGUGUUGUUCACUCCACCCUGUCUUGGAAUUCAUUUCACUAUCAAAACAGAUUGUACACACACACCUUCUCAAUGUGCCCCCUGUGUAUGUGUUGAAUGUGAAGCAUAAAUCAGAUGUUUAUAUGAGGGUGUGAUGUGAUAAUGAUAUGAUAUGAACCUGCUGAGGUAACACAGUGUCAGAUGAGCCUGACCAACCAAGGACUUACUGCGAAAUACUCCAUUUCUCAACCAGUUCUGACAAGAAAUGUGCAAAUCAGCCAAAUCCUGCACAGGCUUUGUAAAACCAAUAGUCCCAGGGCACAGGAUUUGCCAAGUACUGGUAAAAUAUGCAAGUGCCUAUAGCAGAUUUGCAUUAACUGGUCAAAUAUUGUUUGAAAUCUGAAAUUUUGCUUACCUUUUUGCUUCUUGACAAAAAAAGUUAUUUUUGUACCCUGCCUAUUAUUUUAAAAAGCAAAAAACAGUUGAGGGAACCUCAUGAGAAAGCUCAUCUACUGUGCUAUUUAUAAAAAUGAUCAUCCAUUGAAGAUGCGUUAAAAUGA